UUCCCCAGUAAUAUAUCCUGCUCUGAUCCAAGGUGCCACUUGGCCUCCCUCCCAGGGAAGACUGCUUCUUGUGUGACGCCGGCCAUCGAAAGAGACUCCGAUGGACUUACACCGGGCAGCAUUCAAGAUGGAAAACUCAUCCUACCUUCCCAACCCUCUGGCAUCCCCAGCACUCAUGGUCCUAGCAUCCACGGCUGAGGCCAGCCGGGAUGCUUCUAUCCCUUGUCAGCAGCCACGACCCUUUGGUGUACCUGUCUCAGUAGACAAGGACGUGCAUAUUCCAUUCACCAAUGGUUCCUACACCUUUGCCUCUAUGUACCAUCGGCAAGGUGGGGUACCAGGCACUUUUGCCAAUCGUGAUUUCCCCCCUUCUUUACUACACCUCCACCCUCAGUUUGCUCCCCCAAAUCUAGAUUGCACCCCAAUCAGUAUGCUGAAUCACAGUGGUGUGGGGGCUUUCCGUCCCUUUGCAUCCACUGAAGACCGGGAGAGCUACCAGUCAGCCUUUACACCAGCCAAGCGACUUAAGAACUGCCAUGACACAGAGUCUCCUCACCUGCGCUUCUCAGAUGCAGAUGGCAAGGAAUAUGACUUUGGGACACAGCUGCCAUCUAGCUCCCCUGGCUCACUUAAGGUUGAUGACACUGGGAAGAAGAUUUUUGCUGUCUCUGGCCUCAUUUCUGACCGGGAAGCCUCAUCUAGCCCAGAGGAUCGGAAUGACAGAUGUGAGUACUUUGGUUGGAGCCCUCCCUCAACCCCAGUAAACCCUGUCUCCCAGUAAUGUUCAACAGGUCCGUGACAUUGUACAUGCUCCUAAUGAUGGGAGGGCCAACUGUUUCCCUUGCGAUAGCAGUGGAUUGCUGAUGGUUACUUGUCUCUCAUCAAUGAGCACUGAUAGUUUUUGUAGAAAGUGGUUUUUCUGAACAUAGUCAGAGGCAAGUUGGUCUCCACACAACCCUUCUCUCCUUGCCAUGGCUGGCUUCUUCUCUGGGGACUGUGGAAGAAAGAGGGUGCCAUAUAUACACUGAAGUGAAGGUUAUUUCAUUAGAAAAUGUAGGUUCCUAGGGAAUUAGGGGAGCCUGAGGAAAUUGUCAACCCUCCUCUCUUUGCUGUCCUCAUUCUGUUUCCCUGAUCAUGGUAUUACUUUUCAGCUUUUCCAUUGUAUCACGGCCAGCAGACUCCACGUGAUUUUAUUUUCACAACUCUUAGCC